AUGGACGAUAAAUUAAAUAACGAUCCCCAAACUAGUCGUGACACAAAUAAAGAUCUUGGAAAAUUUCAUCGAUGUGAUUGGGACGGAUGUGACAAAAAAUUUAAAAGGAGAUCUGAUUUAGUUUUACAUCAUCGACAGCAUACGGGCGAACGACCGUUUCAAUGUAAGUUUGAGGGUUGUUCGAAAAGCUAUGCCAAAAAUUCUGACUUAAAUACCCACAUCAGAACUAAUCACACAAAUCGCGAUGAUGAAAAAAGAAGCGAAGACAAACUUAAAGAGCACGUGGCACUCCAUCACAAUGGUCAAUCAUUCCAGUGUGGCUUUUGUAGUAAAUCAUUUAAUCGUUUGAAUAACUUCAAAAGGCACACUAAAAUUCAUGAAUUAAAACAUCACUGCAAAUAUGAAGCCUGUGGGGUUAAAUUCGAUAACUAUACUGAUCUUCGUAAACAUUUGGCGACCCAUAAAAAAGGUCUUUCUCUCGGUGGCGAUUUGAUAGUUCUGGCAUCAGCACUUUCAGACGCUUCCUACGAAUCGCCUACAAGAUACAGCUUUUCAUCAACAUCCGGCUCUACGGAGGAUAAUGGACUUCCGAAGUAUCAAUAUGGCUGGUGUUUACAGCUUUCAGGAUUUGCUUUAAUACUAGCUGAAAUUGCAGCUCUUCUAACCGUCUCAGGAUACAUGGCACGCUUUCCGACCGUCGAAGAAAUGUACAGAUUCAGAGCAUUUGAUGAUAUUAAACAUGUAACCUACGCAGACAACACUAAAAGCGAGUGCCUUCUGGACGCACCAUUGGGGUUUAACCGGUAUAACAGCAUGGCAGGUCAAACUGUCCCGAUCACUCUGAAGCACCAAAACAGCCCGACUGUAUCAGCAAUCCAAGCUCAGGCAAUGUACCAAAACUUCGGUACCAUCCACUCUGGAAUCCUCAGGGUAUCAGAACCCGGUACCAGCUCCAGCUCUAACUCCAGCCAGAGAAGCAUGACCCUGCAGAACCCCAAGAGAAAGUCUCAGAUUGCCCAGAAUACCUUCAGUACCCUCGAAUGCGAGAAGAGAAAGCCACGCGCGGCUGGAAUCGCCGGAAAGAUGAACUUCUAUACCGGUAGCACCGUAUGA